AUGGGCAACUCCAAUGGUAAGCCCGUCAUCCUCACCGACGAGGUGAACCUCAAUCACUUCCGGCUGCUGCGCGUUGUCGGCAAGGGUGCGUUUGGCAAAGUCAGAAUAGUGGAACGAAAGGACACGGGCUUGACGUUUGCGCUGAAAUACAUAAGGAAAGAUGAGGUGGUACGGUCGGAGAGCGUGCGGAACAUUAUACGGGAACGCAGGAUGCUGGAGCACCUCAAUCACCCGUUCUUGUGUAAUUUGCGAUACAGCUUCCAGGACAUGGAGUACUUAUACAUCGUGGUCGAUCUAAUGAACGGUGGUGACUUACGAUUUCACAUAUCGAGGAAGACUUUUACGGAAGAGGCCGUCAGAUUCUGGAUAGCAGAGCUUGGCUGUGCCUUGCGAUACGUCCACAGACAAGGCAUCGUCCACCGCGAUGUCAAGCCGGACAACGUACUUUUAGACACAGAAGGCCAUGUCCAUCUGGCGGACUUCAACGUGGCAUCCGACAUCACGCCUGGGAAGCCGCUGACAAGCAAAUCUGGCACCUUGGCCUACCUCGCUCCCGAGGUCUACAGUGGCAAAGGCUACUAUUCCGAAGUCGACUGGUGGUCACUGGGCGUGUUGUUCUACGAAUGCAUCUACAACAAGCGGCCUUUCGAGGCAAACCACCACGACCAGCUGGCACAAGCCAUCAUCAAAGCAGAUCCGGCGUUCCCAGUCACUUCGCCGCCCGUGUCCAUGCCAUGCCUACAUGCUAUUAGCUCACUAUUGGAGAAGAACAGAAGCCUGCGAAUUGGAGCAACUGGAUUCGAGACGUUCACUGACAACCCUUUCUUCAGAGACAUCGACUUCGAGGCACUCGAGCGGAAAGAGUACGAACCAGUGUUCUGCCCGUCGAGUGAGAAGACGAACUUCGAUGCGACCUACGACUUGGAGGAAUUACUGUUGGAGGAAGCACCACUCGAAGCGCGGGCGAGGAAGCAGAAGCCGAGAGCAGAAUUACGAGAAGACGCAACACAGCAGGAAAUUCGAGCUGACGAGCUCCAUCGGAUGAUCGAAACAAUGUUUGAGCCAUUCAAUUACACUGUUGUCCCACAAGAUCGUAGCCCUGUCGCGUCACAAGCAGGCUCACCUCCACGGCCCACUGGACAGAGCUCGUCACGAGGCGACGAGCGAAAUCACGCGGUCGAUACUGCCACUCCACGAGCUCAAUCGAAAAAUCUGAAAUCGAUACCCACACCACGAUCGCAGACUCCAGGUAGUGCCUCGAGGACGACUCGAUCCUCUAUACACUCGCCAGAUGGGUCUCCUCCUUUGCCUUCAGCAACACUAGACUACUCAUCGGGUCCAACCUCAGAGCCCAAAGAGUACUUUCCUCCGCCGUCAUCAGAUCCGAGCGUAGCACAAGCACUUCAGCAAAUAAUACCGCCAGACCCAAGGGACUUGCAUCGAAUCAAGACCGUGCGGUAUGAGGACCACCCAUCGAUGCCAUCGCCGGCGUCGUCUUCGAAGAGUCAUCGACCUCGCGGCUCUCAGAGGAGCACAUCCCAGGGUGGAGGGGUGCAAGUUGUGCUAAACGAACAUGGCAGCUGGAGUGAAAUGGCGAACCAAAGUCAAGGGCUUGUGCAGCCGAAUGACGAGCAGCGCAGGCAGGAGAAGCCGUCGGGAAUGCUCGGGUUUCUUAGUCGGAAGAAGGGUCGAGACAGGAGUCCGAAGGGGAAAGAGAAAGAACGUGGUGUUCUUGGCAAAGAGGGCGCGAGAGUCAUCAUCAGUCAUGGUUGA